AUGUUGGCAGUGCUUCCAUGUACAGAUGAACAGAAGGUAUUAUUUGUGACGUUCAAACUGAUUGGGGAGGCAAAAUGCUGGUGGAGAUCAGCGAGGUUGAUUGAGGAGCAGAGACCGAAUCCUGUGCUAGUGAUGUGGAGUCGAUUCAGGGAACUGUUCUUUGAGCGAUAUUUCCCUAUUAUCAUUUGGAGUGCAAAGGUAGUAGAAUUCAUGCACUUAGCUCAGGGGCAGAAGACAAUAUCACAGUAUGCAGCUCAAUUUAUUGAGUUUUCUCAAUUUUCCCCACAUUUGGCACCAAACGAGGAUAAGAAGGCGAGAAAGUUUGAAGAAGAUCUGAGACAAAAUCUAUUUGAGCAGGUUAUUGGUUUUCGAGCUCAGACAUUCGCGGAGGUUGUGGAUAGAGCUACGGUUAUUGAGAGUGGCAUGUAG